GGUCACCCUUCAAGUGUGGAACACAUUAAAACAGAGAAAGAAAAGCAGCGUAAUGGGUGAAGAAGUGAAGGUUUUUGGAUACUGGGCAAGCCCUUACAGCUACAGGGCAGAGCUUGCUUUGAAGUUGAAAGGUGUUUCUUAUGAGUACAUAAAUGAGGAUAUCUUUGGCAACAAGAGCGAUUUGCUUUUGAAAUACAAUCCGGUUCAUAAGAAAGUCCCGGUUCUUCUUCACAACGGGAAACCAAUUGUAGAGUCUCUUGUUAUACUUGAAUACAUUGAGGAAACUUGGAAGCAUAAUCCCUAUUUGCCACAAGAUCCUUAUGACAAAGCUACCGCUCGAUUCUGGAUCAAGUUCAUCGACGAAAAGUGCUUUCCUACCCUUUGGCUAGCUGCAUGGAGCGCCGAGAAUGAGCGAGAAAAAGUGACGAAUGAAGCUUGCGAGUAUCUGAAAACGCUUGAAAGUGCGCUUAAUGGAAAGAAAUUCUUUGGUGGAGAAACCAUUGGAAUGGUAGAUAUUGUUGCGAGCUCUGUUGGCUAUUUCAUUAGGGUCACUCAAGAAAUUAUGGGGCAAAAUCUGCUGUCAGCUGACAAAUUUCCCCAAUUAUUCCAAUGGUCUGAAGAUUUCGCAAAUUGCAGCAUUGUUAAGGAAAGUUUGCCUCCAAGAGACAAACUACUUCCCUUUGUCAAAGGUCUCAUUGCCAAAUAUCAGCAAGAUAAUGCUAAGGCCUAAGCCCUCCCAAUGAACGUCUUUCACAAUGAUUGUCGCAUGCAAUUUGCCAUUUUUGUAUUUGCUGCUUUUGUGUGUAAUGAGCUACUUGCUUUUAUGUUCGAGUGAAAAAAUAAAUGAACUCAUUGUACUCUUAAAUAAAAUUGAUUAUUAAGUUAUCAAUGAGUUUUUCCAUAA